AUGAGUACGCAGCAAAUAUCCAAUGACGAGCAAAAUAAAGACUUUCAAUUUGUUAUCUCAGAUGCAGAAUUGUCACGAAGAAACGGCGAAUAUUUACAAGAUGGAGAAGGCCACAGCAAGUCUGAGAGAGGUAGGAGCAAUGGAGCUACCGCUAGUAAUAACGAUGGAUCCCAUGACUUGAUGGGUUCAGCGCGUUCCACCGGUUCAUCUGGCUCGAAUAGUUCCAACGAGUCUAAUGCUCCAAAUAAAAAUAAUACCAACAACGGACAAGAAAAGCCAACAAGGCGCUCAAGAGCUUCUGGGGAUAUUCUAGAGUUGCUUGUCGCAGAAUUCAACAAAACCUCGAAUACAAACUCUACUAUCCGAAAGGCCAUAGCGAUAAGGACCGGUAUGAGUGAACGGUCGGUAAGGAUUUGGUUUCAAAAUAGAAGAGCGAAGGAAAGAAAGAUAGAGAAGAUGAAGAAAGAGAAAGAGCAGCAGCAGCAGCAAUCACAUCCACCUCAAAAUAUGGGCAUGUUCUCUGUGCAACAGGAUAUUCCUAGAUCAGGAGAGACGAUGCCGAUUGAAAUCAAUGAAAAAUACAGUAUGAUUGACUGUCGGUCACUGUCUGUGGGACAGUGGCAGAGAAUGAGGUCAGGUUCUAUUGACAAGAGCAAUCUUAAUGAGUUACACAACCUAUCACCUCGUUUACUUAACCUUCUGUUGGGAUCUACAGACUUGUUGGUCAUUUUAUCCAAGAAGGAUCACGAACUCAAUUAUUUCUUCUCUGGUGUUUUCCAAAAUGAUAAGGUUCUUUUUAGGAUCUUCUUUCCUGCUGUGAACGUGGUACGCACCUCGUUCAUUGAUAAUCAGACACAGAAGGCUAUAGGCGAAUUACAAGUGACUUCUUCUCAUGCACAAUUACAGAUGGAACUGAGCGCUUCACCGAAGUUUGCCGUUCAUUUCCUAAGAGAUCCUAAUACCGGUCAAGAAAAUGCUAAUCAGUGGUCUAUCUGUGAGGACUUCAGCGAAGGCCAGCAGGUAGCGAGUGCUCAUAUCGGUGAAGGUGGUACCGGAAUCCCUCAUAUUUUGACAGGAAGCCUAUCCCACCUUCAAUAUUUGAACACAGCCAUUCUCUCUUAUUGCCAACUGUUUUCUCAAUCUUCUUUUCCGGGCCCUUCUGCAGAGCCUCAGCUAUUCCAGACAGUUCCUCUAGCUCAAAAUGCUAUGACUACAGCAUCUUUAUCCAGUGUUCCUCUUCCAACAAUGCUAGGGCAGCCUACACCUACAACUUCUAUGAACUUGGAUCUAUCACGACACAUCACUUAUCCUUUAGAUCCAUAUCAGCCGUCUACAAACUCUCCACUGCCUACAGAUACGAGCCUAGUAGCGGGCUUUCAAAAUACAGGUACUGUUACUACACCAGGACAGUUAACAUCUCUUGGUCUUUCGAUGGGUAUCAAUAAUUCUAUCGAUGAUCAAUCGGCAGCAGCAGCUGUUGUCACUACGAAUGCUUCCGGGAACACGGAUACUACCACGCCGUCUGCUACUAAUCCAUCAGCCUUAACAGGCAAAGGUAAUAAUUUAACCGAUAAGACGAUGAUGCAACUGGGAGCUUUGGAUUCUCCUGAUAUGGAUAUAUUUCAGGACGAUGGUACACAAGCUGUGGUUGAUGACGUUCGCAUGACUCCUGAAGGAUUAAUGCUCACCAAUGAGGGCCAAAUGUUAGAUACCACUUCGGACAAUAUUGAUAAUCCACAUAAUCAGUUGCAAGGUAGUCUGAAGAAUGACUUUGAGGAUCUGGAUCUUCAGAAAGAUUCAGAAUUCGCCAACUCCGAUUUCUUUGCGGAUGAUAACGUUAAUGGGUUAGACUUUUAA